AAUCUCUCUCUUUAGUUACAUAUAGGACCUCUUAAACACAAUGCUUCACAAGCUUUGAGGGUCACACUGUGCAUGCUCUGCUUCUGUAUUGGCAUUUGUUUCUUCUCUCUCUCUCUCUCUCUCUCUGAUUACCGGGUAAUGAAAAUGGCCGGGUGGCCUCUUUUGGGGUGAACGCUGAGUAUUCCUGCAGCAAUGAAGGUCUUCGUUUCAUCAUCUAAUGGGGUUUCUUUAUUUUUGGUCUCCGUACUCGUAUUGCUUUCGGUGAGCUCGAUUUCAGCCUUAUCUUCAAGUGGGUCGAUCAGGCAUCCCGUCAAGUUUAUCUUAGGAGAAGAGAAUUUGGGUCCAUGGAAGAAUGAAGUCGCACAAGCGGCACUAGCACCAGUGCCAGAAUCACAUUCACCUGAGGAUACUCUUAUAUUGGCGGCAAACAGAACGAAAAGGCCUGAUAUUCUUCGAGGUUUCCGACGUUAUCGCGAUGGUUGGGACAUUUCUAAUAAGCAUUAUUGGGCAUCAGUUGGGUUCACUGGUGCUGCUGCUUUCAUUCUUGCUGUCUUAUGGUUUCUUUCAUUUGGCUUGGCUCUUAUAAUUCAUUUAUGCUGCGGAUGGGGAAUUAACAUCAAGGAUGAAGGAUCAAAUCGUUCGCAGAGAAUUUGUCUCAUACUGCUUAUAUCAUUCACCUGUGCUGCGGCGACUGGGUGUGUCGUCCUAUCUGUUGGGCAGGAUAAGUUUCAUGAUGAAGCCUUGCAAACCCUAGGUUACGUCGUCAACCAAUCCGAUUACACAGUGCAAACUCUGAGAAAUGUCACAGAGUAUCUCUCCCUUGCAAAGACAAUAAAUGUCGCUCAGAUGCUUCUUCCAUCUGACAUCAUGGAUGAUAUUGACAAUUUGAAUAUGGAUCUAAAUGCUGCAGCAAAUACACUGUCUGAGAAGACAGAUGAAAAUUCUGUUAAAAUCAAAAGAGUAUUCAAUAAUGUGCGCUCAGCUUUGAUUGCAGUGGCAGCAGUGAUGCUUGUCUUAGCUCUAAUUGGCCUAUGUUUGUCCAUUCUUGGACAUCAGCAUGCAAUUCUCAUUUUUGUUAUCAGUGGGUGGCUAUUAGUCGCAGUCACAUUCAUUCUUUGUGGAGUGUUCCUCAUAUUUAACAAUGCAAUUUCUGAUGCAUGUAUGGCUAUGGGAGAAUGGGUAGAGAAUCCUCAUGCAGAAUCUGCCCUUAGUGACAUCCUUCCUUGUGUUGAUCAGAGAACCACAAACAAGACACUGGUUCAGAGUAAACAAGUGGUCACCAAUAUUGUAAGUGUUGUGAAUCGGUUCAUCUACAGCAUUGCCGAUGCAAAUACGUCGCCAAAUGAUCCAAGCUAUUACAAUCAGUCUGGACCUGCAAUGCCGCCUUUGUGUUACCCUUUUGAUUCUCAGCUCAAAGAGCGGGAAUGUACGUCUCAAGAAGUUUCCUCCUCCAAUGCCUCAUUGGUUUGGAAGAACUACGAGUGCCAGGUAACAGAAUAUGGUUUUUGCAGCAGCAUCGGUAGGGUGACGCCGGAGAUUUACUCGGAGUUGGUGGGUGCAGUUAACGAGAGCUAUGCAUUAGAACAUUAUACACCACUUUUACUCAACCUUCAAAAUUGCAAUUUUGUGAGGGAAACAUUCGAAGAAAUCACUUCAAGCUACUGCCCUCCAUUGAACCAUUAUCUCAAGGUUAUCAAUGCUGGGCUUGGUCUCAUUUCGGUUGGUGUCUUGCUCUGUCUUGUUCUCUGGAUACUCUAUGCAAACCGCCCCCAAAGGGAGGAGGAGUUUGCCAAACCAUCCUUUGCACAAAAACUAAAGAACAGAUUUAGUAAGAACCGCAACAAUACAAAUUCAUCAUUGCCAAAUGCAGCAGGGGAGGUAUAGAUCGUCCAACAUAAAAUUAGAAGGAAAAAGAAAGUAGGUCAUUAGCGUUAUAUUGUACCCCAUAUUAGGGUAUGAAACCAAGGUGAAGCGAAGCUACACCAUUUGAGUUUCAAGAGAAGAGUACUUACGAUAUAUAUAUAUAUAUAUAUAUAUAUGUAGGUUGUAUUCAUAUAGAGAAAAAGAAGAAGAAGCAAUAUUUGUUGUGUCAAAGAAAAG